AUGGCGGGCUUUCUCAAGUCGUCCGAUCUCGGACCGCACCCGCACGGGUACGGUACCGCCCAUCAUCCACACCAUGCGCAUCCGCAUGGACCUUUACCGCCCGGAAUGCCUAUGACAUCGUUAGCCCCGUUCGGUCUUCCCCACGGGCUAGAUGCUGUAGGAUUUCCGCAAGGUAUGUGGGGUGUGAAUCCAAGGAAACAACGCCGCGAACGGACCACCUUUACCCGGGCCCAGCUUGAUGUGCUGGAAGCCCUAUUCGGCAAGACACGCUAUCCGGACAUUUUCAUGCGCGAAGAGGUGGCACUAAAGAUCAAUCUUCCUGAAUCGCGCGUACAGGUAUGGUUCAAGAAUCGACGUGCCAAGUGCCGGCAACAGCUUCAGCACCAGUCCUCAUCGAAUCUCAACAGCAGCAAAUCGUCCGGUGGCGGUGGGUCGAGCGGUUCAGCCCGUUCGGGACAGACUGGCGGCAACAAUGGGCCAGCCGGUGGCAAUUCUGGCUCCUCUGGUGGCGCCGGCAGCAACAACGGUAACAACGGCAGUCACAGCGGUACCAAGAGCUCGAUAGUGAACGCAAACAACAAGCCCACGAUCAAGCAUACGCCGAUGAACAACAGUCACAACAGCGGUGGCAGUGGGCCGGGCGCGGGCAGCAAUGGUGGCAAUGGCGGUGGGGGCAACCAGUCGAACCCGGCCGGCCCGAACCAUAAUGGGCCGCUCGGAUUGAGUCACAGCAACGCCUCGCCGAUACUGCCGAUUACACCGUCGACCUCCGUCAGUCCGCCGAUCAACGUGAUCUGCAAGAAGGAGCAACCCUCGUCCUAUCAUCACGGGGCCGGCGGCGGUGGUGGGGGCGGUGGCAACGAAACAGGGGGCAUGAAGCCGACCGGCUACGACCUGUUGAAGGACUCGGAGCUGAACCUAGCGCACCAUUCGUCCUCCGCCUACGUCAACAUUAACUCGCGGCUAGGGCAAUCGCUCAGCUCGGCCGGUGUUGGUGGGGUCGGUGGUGUUGGCGGAGUCGGCGGGGUCGGUGGCGUCGGCGGUGUUGGUGUUGGGGUGGGUGUGGGUGCGGGUGGUGGGCUGGGCAAUGGACCGUCCGCCGGCAAUCUGACGCCGCUCGGGUCGAACUCCUCCAUCAUGACGACACCGUCGCCACCGAUCACACCGCAAACGUCCCACAAUCCGCUGUCGUACGUGCCGAACCACGAGACGUACAACUUCUGGCACAACCAGUACCAACAGUAUCCGAACAACUACAACACACCGUCCUACUACAGCCAGAUGGACUACUUCCAGAACCAGAACCAGGGCAACUACAACAUGGGCCACACUGGGUACACCACGUCCGCCAACUUCGGGCUCGCGUCCACGUCCGCCCUGGCCGGUCCGAUGGGCUCGCAAACGUUCAGCCCGAACGGACUCGACUACAUGAACCCGCAGGACAAGUACGUCAACAUGGUGUAA